AGUUCAACAUGAAUUGCUUCGGAUUAAUCCUGUUUUUCACCAUCUUCACAGGGCAUGGCUUCUUGGUCCAAGGAGCAGAUAGCGAUGCGGUCACUGCCCCUAUCAGGGAGACACGGACCAUCCACAAAAAACGACUCUGCAGGAAGUAUGGCAUCUGCGAAGGUCAAGGAGGUUACGGCGGUUACCAGGGCCAGCAGGGAUACGGAGGCUACGGAGGGUACCCUAUAAACAUCGCCAUCAGUCAGUCGCAAUCAUCAGCUAAUGAAGGCGGUGGUGGAUACGGCAGUGGGUACUACCCUAACAACUACCAAUACAACGGCGGCUACCCCAACCAAGGUUACGGCUACAACCAGGGUUAUGGAGGUUACAACCAUGGACAUGAAGGUCACAACCAGGGGUACGGUUACAACAAACCAUACUACGGUAACGGUCAAGGGUCCUACAACAACCAAUUUAAUGGCAAUUACUAUGGAGGCAACGGAGGAUAUGGUCAAAAGCCGUAUAGUGGUUACUAUGACGAGGAUGGUUAUGAAGGAGAUGAAUAUGGAUACGAAAGAAGUAACAAUGGUCAUGCUGCUGCAGGAGCAUAUGCCGAAGCUGGCAGUAAAAAUGAUUAAGGAAUAAUUUAUUAAUAGAGUAGUUCGAUCCUAUUUUAAAACAUUAUACAGGGAAAGUUAGUUUAUCUGCUAAAGCUUUUUUAUGAUAAGGAGUUACGCGAACGUACUGCACCUGCAUGUGGUGAUCAUGCCAGCAGUUAUUAAUAUAAUAUUAUGUUGAAAUUUGGUAGAAAUUUAGAAAUGGAAUUGAUAUUAAUUUAUGUCUAAGAGGCGCAGUUUAUUAAAGGACCGAUGGAAUUUAUCAGCGAGAAAUAGAUAAUAUUCAUAAGCUUGACAUU